AUGACGACACCAUCCAGUUGUGAGAUUUCGCCUCAGGAGCCUAAGUUUUCAUUGAGCGGUGAGCAGGUCCUCACAAGAGCAUCGGACGGGGCUCUUCGGCUCUGGGAUCCAAAGAAGGCGGCGCUGUCAUCAGAGACGACCAAGGAUUUUCUACUGCCCCGAUUUCACACCAAAUGGCCAGAUCGUAACGGCGAACAACGAUUUCAUUAUCCACUUCUGGGAUGCCUCGGGAACCCAAGGGAUGGUAUUACAGGGCCACGCCGACAGUACCUCAAGUCUCGCAUUGUCAACAGCUGGAGAUUUACUGGUCUCGGCUAG